AUGUUAGACUAUGAUCGUUCGUUGUUAAAAAAUGUUGCUAUUUCAGUAGCAACAUUAUCACUUACAAUUUACACCACUUAUAAACUAACUAAAUCAUAUUAUCAAGGAAAACCACCAAGGCCUAAAGAUGGGGUUGAGGAAUUAAUCGGAAAUACACCUAUGGUAAAAAUAAGAUCAUUGUCUAAAAAAACAGGGUGUGAAAUAUACGCGAAAUUAGAACUAUCCAAUCCCGGUGGUAGUGCCAAAGAUAGAGUUGCUUUAAAUAUCAUUGAGAAUGGGGAGGCACUUGGCUACUUAAAGAGAGGAGAAUUGGGUUAUGUUUUUGAAGGCACUAGUGGUUCCACUGGGAUUAGUAUUGCAAUGAUAUGCAAUUCUUUAGGGUAUAAAUCCCACAUUUCGUUACCAGACGACACUUCUUUAGAAAAAUUGUCCUUACUAGAAAGUUUGGGCGCAGAAAUAAAUAAAGUUAAACCUGCAAGUAUAGUUGAUCCUGACCAGUAUGUCAAUGCUUCAAAAAAAAAAUGUAAAGAGUUGACCAAAACGAAUAGAGGCAUAUUUGCUGAUCAAUUUGAAAAUACAGCUAAUUGGGAAAUCCAUUAUAAAACCACGGGACCGGAGAUUUGGGACCAAAUGGAUCAUAAAAUCGAUGGGUUUGUUGCAGGGUGCGGCACUGGAGGUACUAUUGGCGGAUGCUCUAAAUAUCUAAAGGAAAAAACUAAUAACAAAAUCCUAACAUGCUUAGCAGAUCCACAAGGUUCCGGAUUUUACAACAGAAUUAAUUAUGGGGUGAUGUAUGAUAAUGUGGAGAGGGAAGGUUCAAGAAGAAGACAUCAAGUUGAUACUAUAAUAGAAGGAAUAGGAUUGAACAGGAUUACUACAAAUUUUGCACUAAAUGAAAAGUAUAUAGAUUUAAGUUUUAGAGUUAGUGAUACUCAAGCAAUUAAAAUGGCGAAAUAUUUGUCUGUGAAUGAUGGAUUAUUUGUUGGUAGUAGCACCGCUAUUAAUGCUGUUGCCGCUGUAGAAUUAGCAAAGAUUUUAGGACGCGGUUCUCGAAUUGUGAUUAUUGCUUGUGAUAGUGGCAGUAGACAUUUAAGUAAAUUUUGGAAAGAGGCAUUAACCAUAAACAGCAAUAUUACUUUAGAGGAAAUUGUUUAA